AUGACAACACAAGAAGAGAUUUCAAAUAUCUUCAACAGUGAUGGGAAGCUGCUACAGAUUGAGUACGGCCUGGAGGCUGUGAACAAUGCUCUGCCCAUUGUGACUGUUAAGUCGAGGGACAUGGUGGUCUGUGCAUCGAAGAAAGUUCCUCAGGGCAAGCUUGAAGAAUCCAGCCCUACAAGCUUCUACAGGGUAUCUGAGAAAUGUUAUGUGGGGAUUACUGGGCUUCCCGGGGACAUUGAUUAUGUUAUAAAGAGGAUCAAGAUGGUUGCAAACAGGAAAACUUUCUCACUUGGAACAGAGGUGACGCCAGAUAUUUUGUGCAGAUCUUUUGCAGAUAAGAUCCAACAGCUUAUUCAAAGUUCCGAGGAAAGGUCGGCUGCAUUCAAUGCUUCCAUAUUUGGUUUUGAUAGGGAGAAGCCGAUGAUCUAUCAAACAGAUAUGUCUGGAAUUUCAUAUCCUUGCUAUGCCACUGCAUCAGGAGAAAAACACGGAAAGAUGACUAAGUUUAUUGAAAAGAGCUAUCGUAAGGAUAUGGAGGGCAAAGAGCUCUUUGAGGUAGCCAUUGGAGCACUGCUUGAAUCCAUUGGUACAGAUUCUGGAUGCUCUGAGAUUGAAGUGUGCUACUUGAAAGCAGGGCAAGACCUAUGCUAUUUAUCUGCAAAGGAAAUCGAUAAGAUUCUACAAGACAUAGCGGAGAAAUAA